UUCGCUUUUAAAAUGUCAUGGUUGAUCUCGUGGCUGGUUGGUUUGUCUGAGCGCUUAAAACUCUUUAUUUAAGGAUGUUUCGAAAUGAAAAUUAAUGGCAUUUUUACUUCAGGAAGCAGAGCCGCUGAUAAAGUGGGCGUCACUGUUCAGGUCUUUACCUGAGCCGCCAUUUUGAUCAGCAGCAGCUGCAGAAAGAUUGAAGAGAAAGAAAAUCUGUUUAAUCCUUUAAUCCGCAGCUUCUCUUCAAUCUCUCUGUUCUCUAAACUAUUCUAAGCUGAUAUUUACAUUUUCUGUCUAGCCCAGCUUGCAUACUGUUGCCAUGGUGACAGAGAUUUGGCAGUUAAACAUGCAGAAAAAGGAACCGGUUUAAUCCGGACGGAGCCAGUUUUCUCCGGUUUACUCUAGAAGGCUCCAGUUUACUGAGAAGGGGGAUAAAAACAGGAAAGAAAAUCUUUGAUUUUUUUCAUGAGGUCGUCAGCAUUUUUCCCCAGACAUCCUUAGUCUAUUGUAUCCUUCUGGAAGCUCACUGAAACAUCAGAUGUUCCAAUGCUGAGCACUACUGGCUGCACUCCACAUAUCUGGCAAAGGGGGUUUAGUCCAUUCUGGCAGAAGAGACUCUCUAGUACCCAGCUGUGUGUCCAUGAACAGUGAUAUUUAUGUGAAUACUCCUCUAAUAUUCAAUGAUGGAGACCCCUCAUCAGGACACUAAUGAUGGGCCCCCAUGCUUAAAACAGAGUCUAAUCCACAUGAAGAGAUCAGACUCUCCAGCACCCAGCUGUGUGUCCAUGAAGAGUGAUGUGUCUAUUGGUCAUCCCCCAGAUUUCAAAGACGGAGACCACUCAUCUGGACACAGUCUAAUCCAGGUAAAGAGAUCAGACUCUCCAGCACACAGCUGUAUGUCUGUGAAGAGUGAUACGUCUAUAGGCCAUCCCCCAGAAUUCAAAGAUGGAGACCCCUCAUCUGGACACAGUGUCCUGCAGGGGCUGAGAGACAGAACAGAAGAGAUCCUCACAGAUAAAGAACAUGGCCAUGCUUUUGAUGCAGUAAAGAUCCAAGAAAACUUCAAAUUAAAUCUGAAACAGAGGUUUCAGUGUUUGAAUGAGGUGACAACAAACCAGGAAACCCCAACACUUCUCAGUGAGAUCUACACAGAGCUCUACAUCACAGAGGGAGUCAGUGGAGAGGUCAAUAAUGAACACGAGGUCAGACAGAUCGAGGCAGCAUCCAGGAGAACAGCAACAGAAGACACACCAAUCAAAUGCAAUGACAUCUUUAAACCCUUAUCUGAACAAGAUAAACCCAUCAGAACUGUGCUGACAAAGGGAGUUGCUGGCAUUGGAAAAACAGUCUCUGUGCAGAAGUUCAUUCUGGACUGGACUGAAGGGAAAGCAAAUCAGGAUGUCCACUUCAUAUUUCCACUUCCUUUCAGAGAACUGAAUUUGAUGAAGGACCAAAAACUCAGUUUGGUGGAUCUUCUUCACACACGGUUUAAGGAGAUUAAUGAAAUGGAAAUAUCCAGAUCUCACAAAGUUCUGUUCAUAUUUGAUGGUUUGGAUGAGUGUCGUUUAACUCUAGAUUUUCAGAGCGCUGUGAGAUUGGAUGAUGUCACUCAGUCAUCCUCAGUGAAGGUGCUACUAACCAAUCUGAUCAAGGGGGAUCUGCUUCCCUCUGCUCUCAUCUGGAUCACCUCCCGGCCUGCAGCAGCUGAUCAGAUCCCCUCUGAGUGUGUGGAUCGAGUGACAGAAGUCCGAGGGUUCAGUGACCCACAGAAAGAGGAGUACUUCAGGAAGAGAAUAAGUGGUCAGAACCUGACCAAUAGAAUCAUCACACACCUGAAGACAUCAAGAAGCCUCUACAUCAUGUGCCACAUUCCUGUGUUCUGCUGGAUUUCAGCCACUGUUCUAGAGAGAAUGUUGGGUGAAGCAGAGAGUGGAGAGACUCCCAAAACUCUGACUCAAAUGUACACACACUUCCUUAUCAUUCAGACAAAGAUCAUAAGAGAAAAGUACACAAAGAACCAGAAUACAGAUGAAGAAAUACUUCUCAAACUGGGACGACUAGCUUUUCAGCAGCUGAUGAAAGGAAACCUGAUCUUCUAUGAGGAAGAUCUGAGAGAGUGUGGCAUCGAACUUAAAGAAGCAUCAGUGUACUCAGGUGUGUGUACACAGAUCUUCAGAGAGGAAUCUGGGCUGCACCAGAGUAAAGUGUACUGCUUUGUUCAUCUGAGCAUUCAGGAACAUCUUGCAGCUCUAUAUGUGUACCUGACCUUCCUGACCCAGAAGAGAAAUGUGCUUAAACAGAGUCAGUCCUCAAAACUGGGGAUUCGCAGGAAAAAAGAAAUUCCAAUUUCAGAUGUACACAAGAGUGCUGUGGAUCAGGCCUUACAGAGUAAGAAUGGACAUCUGGAUCUUUUCCUUCGCUUUCUUCUGGGUCUCUCAUUGGAGUCCAAUCAUACUCUUAUACAAGACUUGGUGACACAGACAGGAAGUAGCUCUCACAGCAAAGAGAAAACAGUUCAGUACAUCAAGAAGAAGAUCAGAGAGAAUCACUCUUCAGAGAAAUCCAUCAAUCUGUUCCACUGUCUGAAUGAACUGGAUGACUGUUCUCUAAUUGAGGAAGUUCAGCAGUACCUGCAGUCUGACAGUCUAAACCAAAGAAAACUCUCUUCUUCACAGUGGUCAGCUGUGGUCUUUGCAUUGCUGACAUCAGGAGGAAACCUGGACGAAUUUGUCCUACAGAAAUAUAACAGAUCAGAUGAUGUUCUUCUGAAGCUGCUGCCUGUAGUUGCAGAAUCCAGAACAGCUGAUCUUUCAAGUUGCAAUCUGACAAAGGAAAGCUGUGCAGCUCUGGUCUCAGUGCUCAGCUCAGAAUUCUCCAGCCUGAGAAGGCUGAAUCUGUCUAAGAAUAAAUUAGGAGAUUCAGGAGUGAAGAAGCUCUCUGCUGGACUGGAGAAUCCUCUCUGUAAACUGGAGACAUUGUGGUUGUAUAAUUGUAAUAUCACAGAUAAAGGCUGCAUUGCUCUGACUUCAGCUCUGAAAUCAAACCCCUCACACCUGAGAGUGCUGAGUCUGUCUAAUAAUAUAUUAGGAGAUUCAGGAGUGAAGCUGCUGUCUGCUGUACUGGAGAAUCCUCUCUGUCAACUAGAGACAUUAGGGUUGAAGGAUUGUAAAAUCACAGAUGAAGGCUGUGCUGCUCUGACUUCAUCUCUGAAAUCAAACCCCUCACACCUUAGAGUGCUGUAUCUACUUGGGAAUGACCAGAUAAAGACAGGGCGUGACAUGUUGUUAGCUGUUCAGUGUGAUAAACGUUAUGGACUACAAGAUUUAAUUCUGUAAUGUUGACGAUAUGUAUUAUUGAUCACCAAAGAGACGACAUCAUGAAGAAAUGAAGUGAUUCUGAACAUGUGUGAGGAGCUCCAGCAGCAGAGGGAGACACAGUGUGUGUAAAUACAGUAUGAGUGUGUGGACUAGAUGGACGUGUGUGUUUGUGUACAGAAAACUUCAUGAGAAAUAAAAUAGUAAACAACACUAAAAAAUGAAUGUAUAAUAUUCAGAGAGGAAGAAUCUUCUACUCAGGUAACAGAUGGACCAUGUGAUACUUUGUCCAGUGAAGAAAACAGACUGUAAACUAGUCACAGGUCAUGAUGUUUUGUAUGUAGAAACCAGAAGAAAUGUUUUUGUUUAUCUGUGUUUGUACCAGUCGAGAUCGAGGCUUCCUUUAUUUGCGGUUUUGUUUUUCUUCAGUUUCCAUGAGAGCACAGUUAUAUGAAGAGAAGCUCAUUUUAAAUCAGAAGCAGUGACCGCGCUGCAUGCAGUGUGGCUCCUGUGUUAGAGUGACCCUUUAAACUGGUCAUCUGAGUCAGUAUUUUAUGUUCAGUCAGUUCACCAAAGAUUAUUUUUAUUUAAUAUCAAAACAUUGAACAGAUAAUGAUGUUUUGAAUAUGUUCUGUCCUAACAGCACACACACUCCAUCGUACUUCACUCUUUAUGUUCACACAUCUGUUGUUUACGAGUGACAGACUAAAAGAUUUUGUUUUACAGGUUUUUAUACAUUUUAUGCAGAAUUUGAUUCUUUUUUCUUUCGGCUUUAUGAUCAGUACAGGAUGUGUACAGUUAUUAUUCAGUAAAUCUCGCUAAUGCAGCUGUUUGCACUUACAAAACACAAAGCUGAGUUGAAAAGUUUUGAAAUUUUGUUUUCUAUUGAAAAUUUUCUGGAAUUUAUUUUUACCUACUUGUUUUGAGAGUCUAAUGUAAGGUUCUGUAUUGAACAGUGUUGAAUGUGAUUUUUAAUGUAAAUUCAGGUUUGCAUUUCUUAAUCUUCCAUUUCUGAUGGUAGAGAUGAAGACUGGAUGUCUGGAGAUGGACUGACCUCACUUUACUGGGAAGCACACACAUUAUUCAUUAAUUAAAAGCAGUAAAUCAGAAGAUUAAAAGAUUAUUAACAGAUUACAUCAUUAGUACUAGUUAGUUCUUAUGUUGACUUUUUAUGAGUAAACACACGUCAGUUUAUUAGCAGUGUAAUAAAAAGCAGUUAUUACACGGUUAAUGAGUAAAUAAGCUCUGAACUAAUAAACUAAACAAAACUAUCAGUUAACAGUGAACUCUAGUUAAUAAUUACUAAGUACAUAAUCAGUUACUAAGAAAUAACUAAUGCUUACUGUACACUGUAAUAUAUAAUACCAUAUAGAUAAUGGCUCUUGAAAGACAAUUGAGAAUCAUAAAUGUAUAAUAUAAUUUUAAAUGUAUAUGCAAAUUAAUCUUAAAUGUAAAGUGUUACCAGCUACACUUAAGAGUGCGCCUUUUUGUUUGUAUUCACUUUUGAGGGAAGGUAUUUGGGGAAGCCAUGGUCUGCGCUUACUGCAGAUCUGUUAAUAUGUUCAUUUGUUUAUUACACCUCAUGCAGUAUAUGCAGUAUUGAAAUGAUUACUUCAUACCCCACUGAGGGAUGUGUAAUAUAUAUUCUGUAUAAAAGCACUUUUUAGAAUAAAAAAACAACUGCUAAAUUAGCGGCUUAUUUAAUUUUAGUUGCUGUGUUGUUGAUUAAAACAUGAUUUACACCUCAAAACUGAACAGAAUGUGAAGCAGAGCUUGUAAGCAGGACAAACAACAUAAAAACAUAAUGUAUUAAACUAAUAAACACAACUUAUAUAAUAAACUCUUACUCUUAUUUAUGAUUUAUAUGCUAC